AAUACCGGCCUUAAGUCCAGAUCUACGGUAACUGUUCACUCGCAGGUUAAAAGGUGAUAGCACGUCGUGUCCAGAAGCUUCCGCAGACCACAUUUUUGUCGUGUGUACAUUUUUUAAAAUAAUUUUUAACAAGCAAAAGGAGUGAACUGAGAAAAACGCGAGCGUUUUUAAAAUUUGAGCUUGCAAGGUGAAGUUAAGACGUGGAGCAGCAUAUGAAGCCAAUUUUACAAGCUUUUUGGAUUCGAUUGUUGGAAAAAGUGAAGGGAACCUCUUGAAACCAUUUUGAGAGAGUGAGAGAAGGACGAAGUGAGGUUAAAUUGAAUCUGAAGAGACAGACGCAGAACAGAAUGGAGCCAGGAUCUGCAGAAAACAUUCCAGAAACAUCUGGCACAACUUUGGGCUUACAAAUAGUAUUCGACAAGAGCUUCUCGGUGCUAAAGGAGAAGGUGUGUGAACAAACAUUGAAGGCAGUCCAGGAUAUGGGCUUCACAAAUAUGACGGAGAUACAGGCGAAAUCCAUCCCACAUCUUCUCGAGGGAAGAGAUCUGGUAGGUUCGGCCAAAACUGGAUCCGGCAAGACCCUGGCGUUCCUAAUCCCCGUAAUCGAGCUCAUUUACAAAUUGAAGUUUAUGCCACGUAACGGUACUGGGUGCAUCAUCAUAUCUCCCACGCGAGAAUUGUCCAUGCAGACGUUCGGAGUAUUGAAGGAGCUCAUGAAGUAUCAUCAUCACACAUAUGGCCUGUUGAUGGGCGGUGCCAGUAGGCAGACAGAGGCUCAGAAACUUGGCAAGGGUGUGAACAUCAUCGUGGCCACGCCGGGACGACUGUUGGAUCACCUGCAGAACACCUUGGACUUCAUGUACAAGAACCUGCAGUGUCUGGUCAUUGACGAGACCGAUCGGAUCUUGGACAUCGGUUUCGAGGAGGAGUUGAAGCAGAUCAUCAACAUACUCCCGAAACGCAGACAGACCAUGCUCUUUAGCGCGACGCAGACAGAGAAAGUGACCAUGUUGACAAAAUUGGCCAUCAAGAAGGAGCCUAUAUACGUCGGAGUGGACGACGACAAGGACCAGGCAACUGUGGAGGGCUUGGAGCAAGGCUACCUGGUAUGUCCGAGCGACAAGCGGUUCCUGCUGCUCUUCACAUUCCUGAAGAAGAACAGGAAGAAGAAGGUCAUGGUGUUCUUCAGUUCCUGCAUGUCCGUCAAGUACCAUCACGAGCUUCUCAACUACAUCGAUCUGCCAGUGAUGAGUAUACACGGUAGACAGAAACAGGUGAAGAGAACCAACACAUUCUACCAGUUCUGCAGAGCGGAAUCCGGGAUCCUGCUUUGCACCGACGUGGCCGCCAGGGGCUUAGACAUACCCAACGUCGAUUGGAUCGUGCAAUACGAUCCGCCGGAUGAUCCUAAAGAAUACAUUCAUCGUGUGGGAAGAACGGCUCGCGCGGGGAGCAAGGGUAACGCCUUGCUCCUCCUGCGGCCGGAGGAGCUCGGAAUGAUUUAUUACUUGAAGAAAGCUCGCGUGCCGUUACGCGAAUAUGAGAUCAGCAACAACAAGAUUUCUGACAUACAGUUGCAGCUUGAAAAACUGAUCUCGAGGAAUUACUACUUGCACACGUCGGCGAAGGAAGCGUUCAAGGCGUACGUCAGAGCAUACGAUUCUCAUCAUCUGAAAAAGAUCUUCGAUAUCGAGACUUUGGACCUGACAGCGGUCGCCAAGUCGUUUGGCUUCACCGUGCCGCCGGCUGUAGAUUUGAAAGUGGGAGUGAGCAAGGCGACGCGGCCACGAAAGCGGCUCGGCGGUGGCGGCUACGGCCACUUCAAGGACCUGAACGACCCGGGUGCCGCGAAACGCCUGCGCCGCACCAAGACCUAUCAGCAGGUGGGCAAGCGCGCGGCGGGAGACAAGCGGCAAUUCAGCAGAUAACCACGUCGUCGGCGUGCACUUUUUAACACGCGUGAGUCGCGAGCGACUGCGUCGUCGCGGCGUACGGGAGCACCUCGGCACUUCCGGGGUGUCGAGAUGCGCCGGUACACUUCGCUACAUUUGUACGGUUUUCGUUUACAGUUGCAGAGCGGAAAUACAUGUUAGUGUCGUUGAA